AUGGAUGUGACCAUGGGGUAUGAUAAACUUUUGGAGGGGAUGCUGAAGCAGCAUGAAGAGAGAGCAGAGAGAGAGGGUUGGGAUAGAGAAGAUAAAGAUUUGAUGGAUAUACUAUUGAAGGCCUAUCAAGAUGACAAAGCCGAGGUCAAGAUUUCCAGAACUCAUGUGAAGGCUUUCUUGCUUGUAAGCGAUUUCAAUCCUUUAAAUUUUCAAACCAUAUCUUGUUUCUGA